AUGCACACAGAUUUGUCAAACCCCAAGACACGCCAGAGAAGUACGCCUCCACAAUCCCAAUACACGCAAAGAUGCCGCGAAGCCGACAGAUCGGACCAGGGAACAGAACCGCCCUGCCCUCCGUGUUAUCCACAGGACGCGAGGCGCAAACAAGCGCUGCCAGAGGCCAGACUUGAAGAGGGAAACUUCCGUCAGGAAGCAGCGGGCAGUCCCACCGCAGCCUGCGAAAGCUUUCUCAGUUGUAGACCUGUAGUGUUAGAUGUUCAACUUUAUAUUAUUGUUGUUGUUGUUGUUGUUGUUAAGGGGAAGUGUCCUGAAGAUGGAUGGGAUGAGAGUACCAUUGAACUGUUUCUUCAUGAACUUGCUAUAAUGGAUAGCAACAACUUUCUGGGCAACUGUGGUGUGGGUGAGCGGGAAGGAAGAGUGGCGUCAGGACUGGUUGCCCGAAGGCAUUACAGGUUGAUCCAUGGAAUUGGAAGGUCAGGUGAUAUUUCGGCUGUCCAGCCUAAAGCUGCAGGGUCUAGCCUUUUGAACAAACUUACUAAUUCGGUAGUUCUGGAUAUUAUAAAGCUGGCUGGUGUCCGGACAGUGACCAAUUGCUUUGUGGUUCCUAUGGCAACUGGAAUGAGUCUAACUCUGUGUUUUUUAACGCUGCGGCACAAGAGACCAAAGGCAAAAUACAUUAUUUGGCCACGUAUAGACCAAAAAUCUUGCUUUAAAUCUAUGAUUACUGCAGGCUUUGAACCUGUGGUGAUAGAAAAUGUGUUGGAAGGUGAUGAGCUACGGACAGACGUCAAAGCAGUGGAGGCUAAAAUCAAAGCUCUUGGUGCUGAAAAUAUUCUCUGUGUUCAUUCUACAACCUCUUGCUUUGCUCCAAGGGUACCUGAUAGACUGGAGGAACUGGCUGUGAUUUGUGCUAAUUAUGACAUUCCCCAUAUUGUCAACAAUGCAUACGGAGUUCAGUCUUCAAAGUGUAUGCAUCUUAUCCAGCAGGGUGCUCGAGUAGGCAGAAUAGAUGCUUUUGUUCAGAGCUUGGACAAAAAUUUUAUGGUUCCAGUAGGUGGUGCUAUCAUUGCUGGCUUCAGUGAUUCCUUUAUUCAGGAGAUCAGCAAAAUGUACCCAGGAAGAGCAUCUGCAUCUCCUUCUUUAGAUGUCCUCAUUACACUUCUCUCUCUAGGUACUAGUGGCUACAAGCAGUUACUGAAAGAGAGAAAGGAAAUGUUUUCCUAUCUUUCAAGUGAGCUGAAAAAGUUGGCAGAUAUCCACAAUGAGAAACUGUUGGACACACCACAUAAUCCCAUUUCUCUAGCCAUGUCACUGAAGAAUCUAGAUGAAAAUAACGAUGCUGCUGUUACCCAGCUGGGAUCUAUGCUUUUCACAAGACAGGUUUCUGGAGCAAGGGUGGUUCCCUGUGGGUCUGUGCAAACAGUGAAUAACUACACUUUCAAAGGCUUUAUGUCGCAUACAAAUGACUAUCCCUGUGCUUACCUCAACGCUGCGUCAGCAAUUGGAAUUAAAAAACAAGAUGUAGACGUAUUCCUAAAAAGACUUGACAAGUGUUUGAAGACUUCUAGAAAAGAAGUAAAGAAAGAAAAAGGUGUGGAUGAAAUAAGUAAUUCUAAUACAGGCACAGAACAACUUGAAGACUAGAAGAUACAGAUUUUGUAACACAGGAAGAUACGCUUUUGUCUGAAGUAUGUCACGUUUGUACUCUGGGCUAGCCUUCUGAAUCUGCAGUGCAGAAAACAACUUAUCCCUCUUCUAAGGGGAAGGAAAAAAAAAUCAGGUGAAAUUCAGUUUUAAAGAGAACGUUAGGUGAUAUUCUGUCUGAGAUAGAGGGCCAGUCACAAGCUUUUUGCACCACUUAAACGUACUUAACGUCUGCCAAAGUAAAGCUUACGUUCAUAAAGCUGUUGACCUGGCCUUUCGAUCUGAGGGUGAAUGUGACCUUUGUGUUUGGCAAAUCACAGAAUGCUUAUUCCUAUGUUCUUGACUAACAAGAUUUUCUGUGCUAAUGAUUGCAGGCCUUUCAAGUAUAGGAAUAUAUCCAGCAAGCAAUGUGUCACUGCUUCUUAAAUGUCUAUUAAUUGUUUCUCCUCAGCAUACUUGCCACUUUUCACUUCUCUUCAGAGAUUUAUGUAAAAGUUUUGGGAUAGAGCUUAUUAAAUACAAUGAGAAAACUGCAUGAAGAAAUGAUAGAGUUGGAACAAUAGUCUUUUCAGGGCCUCACACCGUGUUAGAAUUAGAACUACUACUUUUGGGCACGUUUUUGGCUAUGAACUGCCUUGAACAAAGCAACUCUCCAUGGCAAAGAAGAGUCUAGAGUGCCUCGUACCUGUCAGUUCUCAGCUCCUGGAAAUAUUUGCAGGGAGGAAUUUUUUCAGGGAGUACAGUUAUAAAAGCAAGGGGCUGUGAAGUGUGGAGUGAAGAGGGAGCCCUCUUCCCCCUCCCCCCCCCUUUUUUUUAAUCAAUUUCUUCUCUUCUUUGGUAACUGCUCUUGAAUGAGAGCAGGAAAUUCACUGAGAGGGAGGAAUGUCUGUGGGAUGACUCCAGCCAUCUCAAGAGCCAGUGAGACAUGAGAGUGUCUUGGCAUUUUUUAGUCUGUUGUUUUUAAAAUGUAUUGACUUCUACUUCUCGGCUGUCUCCUGUCAUUGGCACUGCAGCUUCCGUAGCUGUGUUCAGUUACUGAUGUGAAUUCAUUAAGCUAACAAUAGAUUUAGAGACAGUUCCUUGAACAAAGGUUCCAUAUCACUGCAGUGACAUUGCUGUAGGUUUCAGAACUUUUAGCUAAUUGUUCUUACAUGCAAUUACUACAUUGUGUGUAGUUUUGAUGUCAUUUACUGGCCAAAGUGAGCCUAAUAAUGUUCAAAGACAUUUUUCUUUAGCUGUGAUGUAUUAACACUUGGGAUACCGCAGUUAAUCAGUUCUGACUGCACAGAAUGUUCUAGUUGCUUUGUUUGGUGUUACAGGAGCCCUCUGUAAAUUGCUUAAUCAAAGUAGUGAUGCUUUUGAGAGGAUUGUCUCCCCAGUUUGUUCAAUUAAUUGAUAUAAAAUAUGGUGUUAAUCGGUGGAAGUUAAUAGUGCGCUAAUCGUCACGAGGGUGCUCUUACGUAGAAACAGUCCGUUGUAUCUUAAGCUUAAAUUGAGGCUGCUACUUCUACAUUGUUUCUGGUACACAUUAAUUAAAGCUUAUGAAGGUAUGGCUACCAGGACUACAGUCACACUUAUUUGCUAUACAAAUAUAUCCUAGGAGAAAUGUAAUCUAACUUGACCACUGAGUCCUUGUGGUUGUAAGCAGACAUAAAUUUUUGCUUUUUUUACUGUUGAGAGCAUGCUGUACUUAAGUUCUGCCACUCAGUAAAGCUCUCCCACAGGCUUGGGAGCCGAAACUUUGCAUCCCACUGCUUCUGCAUUCUGUAUAUUGGAGCAGCCAGUGAAAAACCACACGGCCUUACUGAUACCUUUCUUCCUGUUUUUGGAUAUUGCUGAUCCAUGCCUGGAUGAGCAGAAGUUAUUGAUUUAGAUGAUAAGUCAUGGAAUGCAAAUUUUAAAAUCUCAUAAUAAUAGUUCUAGAGAGGUGAAUGAUAGCAGCUAGAGUAAGGGUUUGAGGAACAAUAUCCUAAAACUGAACAGAAAGAAAACAGCAGAUGGCCUUUCCGAGAGGAAAAAAUCCCUACCUUUUAUGUUCUUCUAAUAAAUUAUCUGAUGCAAGUCACUCACUCCAGCUCUAGAUUGACAUGUUUUCUCAGGUAGUGAUUUUCCUGUCUUCAAAAUAUUUCCAAAUUCAAGUCAAAGAUGAAAAAUUCAACAACUCUUUCUAAACAAGUAUUUGGAGAAAAAAUGUGUUUUAUUCUGAAUCCAACCUUUAAAAUGAUUUUUAAUUUAAAGAAAAGGUUUAAAGGUAAUGAUUUUGGUUACAAAGAAAAUCAAAAUAUUUUGGGGUCUAUGUAUGUCAUUAAAGCACUUCACAAAUCUCAGUGUUGCCAACUGAGGUGGAGCAAUUUAAAAUAUUUUUAGAAGUGUGUCCCAUCAUGCUGUAUAGACUCUUGAACUAAACAUUUGUGACAUUACUUUGGUAAACUGUUGUAUCAGUUCCCAGUGUUGUUUGCUUGCUUUGUGACCUGUAUUUGUUAGGUCUUAAUAUUAAAGUUUUAGACACAAAGGCAUUGUAUAACAUCGUUAUAAGCAGACAAUUUGAAAUUUUAUAUAAGUAAUUCAAACUGCAGUUUACCUUAAAGUAAGUGGAGAAGAAUUGGUUAUUUACAACACAUAUUUGAAAAAGGAGAUUUGGUAGAUAAACAGAGUAUUUUUAAAGGAAUAAUAUAAUGCACUUACUCUCUUUUCACCAAUGUCUAUAAUAAAGCAGUGAAAUAAUAUUGAAACUAAUACUGAAACACAGAACUAUUAGCAGGGUUUUUGUACUUCUUUUGUAUAACAGAUAUUGGGAGACUUCAUGGCUGUGGCAGGCCUCACCCACUAAAAGUAGCGUUGAUGAACGAUGGUAACAGCAUGGGAUAGUUCUGUGAAAAUAAGCGGAGUAAAACAAAUAUAUUAACAGUAGUUGCCUUCUGUGAAGAUCUUUCUAAGAUUGUACAGUGAGGUAAGAAGCUCUUGAACCUAAAAAUUAAUUGUGCAGCCCUGUUUUACACUUCUGUAUAGUCACCUGUCACUGAAGGCUUCUGGAUAACUCCAAAACCUGCUAGAACCAACCUGUUACCUCCAGCAUCCAUAUUACUAGUGAGACAUUUAGGAUGACAACCUGAGGUUCAGCACACACACUCAUGUAGCAGGAAUACAUAGUAGAAACACCAUAAACGGAUGCCCACUUAGUAAGGCUAUCUCACAGAUAGUAUCUAUGCAGCUGUCAGUCUGUCUUCUGUAAUCUAGGUUGCUGCAUGUGGUUAUCAGCAAUGAAGCAGGAAAGGGAAAGCCCUGAAACAAUAGGGGCUAUAGAGCAAGCAUGUGCUGCCUGUUCUGCUUCCAGAGAGAUGAGGAUAGUAACCUUUGCCCGCGGGGCAGGGUACAUGGGUAGGCAGGAACCUCUCGGACUGCUGCAGUUUGAAUUGCCAAAGUGAAUUUCAUCCCCUACAAUGUCUGUAACUGUUCCAUAAGUGGCUUUUCUUUCCCUCCCAUCUGAUAUUGUAUCUUCUACUGUGUGGAUCUAUAUAGGUGAAAGAAAUGGAGUAGAUGGCACUGGGACACAGUGCAAGCAAACUGACAGUGAAUGACCCAUGUCAAAGACCCACUCUUAGUUUACCUCUUUUGUAGCAUCUAAGAUAACAAAUACAACUGAGGACUAUUUGAGCAAUAAUAUUGCUUAUUCGCGCUUUGUUUGAAACAAUUGCCUAAGAUACAAAGCAAAUAAAAUCUACCAGAUGCAGCAAAUUCUCUUGAGCCUAAGAAAGCAAAAUUGUAAUGUUGCAAAUGUAAAUGCUGGCAUUGCAGCUUAAUACACAUAUAAACCGAGCAAUCUAUAUUGUGCGAUCAUCAUUUUUUGAGAAAGGCUGGAGCCCAGAGACUAGCAAAUGUUCUCAUCUGCAGUGUAUCAGCAGUUCUCAGUCUUCAGCUGCUGUAUAGAUAAUAAUUCUAAUUGAAGAAUCAUUACAUGAAUCCAUAUGUGAAUGAUAGAUGGGCUAUAGAGCUUUGUUCAUGAUGCUUUAAAAAUUGAGUUGCUGUUUUCACUUUUUUAUAAGGGGUGAUUAGAUUGCUUUUUUUUCUUAUGCAACAUUUCAAUCAACCUGGCUUGAGAGGAUUUGGAAUCUGAAGGAAAAACAAUUUAUGUAGCUGACAAUUUUUUUUUUUAAAAUAGCUAUUUAAAGACUAGAAUUGGUUACAAAGUGACUCUCCUCAGAAAGAGCCUUUGUUGUCAGAUGUUUUUAAUUUUGAAGAAACUAGUGCUUCAAAAAUUGUGCUUAUGUGUUCUGUGAUAAUUGUUUUUCAUGUCCUACACUUUUUCCCCUCAAAGAUAACAGCAUAAACUAUAGUGCAGUUUAAUAACUGUUUAAAAAUUACAGACGGUAGAAAAGUCAUUUGCUCUCUCGUAGUCCCUCACUGAGCAUCUGUUGUACCAAAGUACUGGUAACACGUUUAUCUUGAUGGAUAACAUUCUUGACCGAGGUCAGUUUAACUGGACCAAGCUUUCAAUAUUCCUUUUGGGAUCCUAAAAUUAAGUCUGUGAUCUAAUUAAGAUUGAUUUGAUAAUUGUAUCUCCUUUGCUGCUUAACAGGAGUCUUUUCAUCAUACAAAAUUCAACUAAAUUUUUUAGCAAAGCAUCAAAGAUGAUCCAGUUCAUAAGCUGAAUUACUUUUUUAAUGUGGAUGUUAAAAUCUAAUUUGCCUUCAGAUCCUGGAUUCAGAUCCAGCUUGAGUCAGCUAUAGCAAAAUUAUAACCGCUUCUUUUUUUAACCUAUUAUGCAUAGCAUGAAUAGAAUGGUUACAGCUCAGUGCUGCUUUCCCUGGGACUCUUUCUCAAAGAGCUAAAAACAUUAAGCUACCAUCUUACAUUCACUACUAGUCGUCUUCUGAUUAGAGAAAAAAAGUUGAGAUCUUGCACAAAUAAAAUUGUAGUAAGAGGUGUGUGUGUUAUUUAUCUUUCUCUAGUCAUCCCAAGUGGGAUUCCAAGGUAGACAUGUGUAGUGUUUCUACUGAUGUAUUUCCUCCAAAAGCUGUUUCUCAUGUGCAAUUUUUGGGGUCUACGGGUCCGAAGAAACACAUGGCCAAAACACAGGCGAAAAAGGAACAGGGACUCCUAUGUUUUGGAAGGUUUCUUCACUAGUCUACAGCAUUUGGCUUUCACUGUGCAUAAAACUCUUCCUGCUAUAUAAACUGUUAAAAAGUGCUUGCAGCAAUCUUCAUCCUUACCUAAAUUGUUUCACUCUGGAGCCUGGAUUCAGUGAAGCGGCAGCUCUGUAGGAGCUGAGCAGGACGUGUUACUCCACUGCCGCAGCUGCCCCUUCAUACCCGAGCACGGAAGCAUGGCCUGGCUGCCGAAGGAGAACUCCGCGCCCGAGCAGAGGAAAGCCGUCACAUUUUGCUUUGAUACUGGACUGUCAAGCACGUGUGGCUAUUACAACUAGUUUGCAAACCGGAAUCCUGUUGAGCAGUUAGAUAAUCCUAUACACCUCAUGUCUUUGAAGUCUGUGGAGCUGUUGAUGGAAAGAGCUCUUGCUUUGGCCUCUAAUACAUCAAACAAGGAAUGCAGCUACUGAGUGAAGGAGGAUCUGUCAAACAUAGAUAAAUAGAAGCAUUUAAAAAAAAAACUGCUGUGUACUGUAUGAACUCUUGAUUAAAUACAAAUCAUCCUACUACUCA